AUGUUUGAACCUUAUGAUCAAUUACGUGAAAUCACCCCCAGCCCCUGUUCCAGCCCCACCCCAGCUCCCACCCCACCCAGCCCCAGCCCACUCACCCUGUUCCUGUUCACUGUUCCCCAGCCCCACCCACCCCAGUCUCCUCUCCCAGCCCCACCCCUGCUCCAGCCCCAGCCUCCCAGCCUCACCUCACCCACCCCCAGCCCUCCUCAGCCCCACCUCACUCCAGCCACUGUUCACCCACCAGCCCAGUUCCCAGCCCCAGCCCAGGUUCCUGUUCCCACCCCUGCCUGCUCCCUGUUCUCAGCCCCAGCUCCAGCCCCUGUUCCCACUCCACCACCAGUCUGCCCCACCCAGCCCCACCAGCCCCAGCCCAGCCCACCUGUUCCAGCCCACCCCACCAGCCCCACCCACCCAGUCUGCACCCCCAGCCCACCCCGAGUCCUGUCUCCAAAAUUCUGUUCCACACCCACCCACCCCACCACACUCCAGCCCACCCCACCACCUGUCUCCCACCUGUUCCACCCCAGCCUCAGCCCCCACCCCACCACCCCUGUUCACCCCUGUCUCAGCUCCCACCCCAGCCCAGUUCAGCUCAGCCCCAGCCUCCAGUUCCCCUGUCCCCCACUCCCAGCUCCUGUUCCCAGCCCCACCCCUGUCUCUGCCCACCCCAUGUCCCCAGCCCUGUCUCCAGCCCCCAGGCUCCAGUCCCACCCCACCCCACUGUUCCCCACCCCACUCCCACCAGCUCCCAGCUCCCCUGUUCCCAGCCUGUUCCCACCCCCUGUUCCCACCCCAGCUCCCAGCCUCACCUCACCCACCUCACUCCACUCCCAGCCUCAGUCCAAAUGCCUCAGCCACUCUGUUCCCACUCCACUCAGCCUCCCAGCCCUGUCUCCCAGCUCAGCCACCAGCCCCACUCCCACCCCCCAGCCCAGCUCUGUUCACCCACCCCACCUGGCCCUGUUCCCAGCCUGUCUCAGCCUGUUCACCCCACCCUCACCCACCACCCCAGCCCAGUUCCCACCAGCCCCCUCCCACUCCCACUGUUCAGCCCCACCCUGUCCCCAGCCCCAGCACUCCCAGUUCCCAGCCCCACUCACCAGCUCACUCCACCACCCACCUGUUCCAGCCCCCCAGGGCCCCAGCCCUGUUCCCCACCCUGUUCCCAGUUCCACUCCCAGCCCCUGUUCCCACCACCUCCUGUUCCCCAGCUCCCAGCCCAGCCCCUGCCCCACCCCAGCCCACCCCUGUUCCCAGCUCCCACUCCACCCACCUCAGCCUCUGUCUCCCCACUCCCACUCCACCCCAGCCACCUGUUCCCAUCUCACCAGUCCCACCCCACCAGCCUCCCACUCCAUCCCAGCUCCUCAGCCUCAGCCCCACCUGUUCAGCCUCAGCCCCUGUACUCCAGCCCCAGCCCACCCCACCUCACUCCCACUUUCCCAGCCUCCCCAGCCUCAGCCUCACCCUUAG